CGCGAUCUGCUGAACGCGUGCUACGUGAACAAAAUCCCUAUUUAUAUCGGACCUCGUUCCCUUUGCCUCUGCCAAAGUAGAUCCACUCCGUCAACUUUUUUCAUCCUUACAGCACAAGUUCGACCAUAGCGUAGAAAAUGGCCCCAUCCAACAGUCUCACUAGCCAAUCCAAGCACUUCAGCUCAGCUAAACGCAAGCGCGACACAAAAUACAUAAGCGAUGACUCCGACAAAGAGAAUGACACCACUCGUCCCGCGAAGGCGACCAAAACGCAGACUGAAACAGCGAAUUCCGUGACUCCGAAGAAGACCAACCGCCUAGGUCACGGGAAAGAGGCCAAGACGCUCUAUACCGAAUGCCUCAAGGCCCUUGACAAGCGUGUCGACGAGCUAGACAACAAGGUCAAGACAAUGAGCGGUAACAGCUCGGCGAUCACAACCUCCAGCUACGCUACGUCCGCGCGCAAGCACUUGGGCACCGCGAAGAAGCUAGUUACUAUGGACACCACGCUGGCCUUCAACUUGCUGCUCAGCAUGGCUGAUGCAUCCCAUACUGACCUCGACGCAACAUGGAAGAUGUGCGGCACUCCAUGCGAUAACAGCAUCCCGACUUUCAAACUGUUGGAUGACACACUUUUGCCGCUUAUCGAGGCGCGGGAGAGGCCAACGAGCCUGGUAGCUGAGCUGCCAGAAGUCCCGCGGCGAUGGAGGUUGGAGGAUGCAGAUGUAGGAGUGUUCAAGACUGGAAGACCGAACAAGCAGCAACGCGGCCAGAUGUACCGCCAGAAGUUGGCAUGGGAGAAGAAAAGGCGGCAGGCCAGAAGGGAGCGGAGGGAGCAGACAGGGGAUUGGGUCAAGGUGGCGCUGAGUGAUUUGGUUGAGGAGAGAGAUUACCUUGCUGCUUAUGGGGUAAAUGAGUAUCUGCCGAGAUGCAUUGCAAAAUUAGAUGCGCUGGUAAGAAUGAGGGGAGAGUGAGCCAGCGAUGUGCCAUCGAUGCUCAAUGAUCCCAGCUGCUGCCAUUGCCGUCAAGCCAGCGGGGUACUCCUCCAGUACGCGGGAAGAAGCCUGCUUCGUGCUUAGUUGCCAUUUUGCUGUGUCGGCUGAAACGACUGGGGCAAUCAACACGAUCAAGACUCCGAGCAGGGUGGCUUGAAUUAGAGCUAGGAUGGGUUACCAAUAUUCGGCCAUAUUAAAAUCAGUCAUGUUGUCUAGAGCAGGUGAUAUGCGUCAAGAUCCAAAUAAGAAAUAGAUUAACCCAUCCGUAUCCCAAUAAGCGUUUGCCCAUUUCGCCAAAUGUUCUAAAGCUGUCUCAGAGAAGCUGGCGCAAAAAGCGCUGAAAUAUGUGUACACGUCGAUGCCGAACACUACCUAGGAG